ACUUGGAUGGUGGCUGUGUCUCCCAACCUCAAAGUUGAGACCAGAGCAGAGAAGGGAGAUGAGGUCUGAUUCUCCUUAUACUCCCUACUGACUGAUGCUGGAAGCACCUCUAACUAGGAGAACUCAGGGACCCUGGGGUCAGGAGGCUGGGGGAAAGUCCCCUCAGACUGUGAGGUGGGGGGCAUCUGCUGGGCUGAGCCUCUCCUCUCCGUGGGCCCGUCCACAUCAGCUCUCGCCCCGUGACAGGUCAACCAGGACCCAGAAAUGAGCCACCUGGUUGCUGAGACUCUGGCGAGCAGAGGGAGAGGAGGGGAUAGAUGUCAAUGUAGUGGGACAAGACUCCCCCACCCACGCCGGCACCUCCCAGAGGCCCGGCCCGCUCCGAGUGCUGCCUCUGAUUGCCCCACCCCCACCUGGGGCCUCGGUGGCCAGACCCGGGUGAAGUGGGGGUGGGGUGAGAUUUCCAGGGGCGGGGCGUGUCUCCCCAGGGCAGGGUGUGGCCCGUGGUCCAGAUGGUCAGUCUCUGGUGGCCAGCCUCUCCUGACCCGGGAGCAUUAACCCCCCAUGGGCCAUGCCCGCCGGCAGGGUGGGCUGAGGGCGGCAGCACCAGGAGGUCACAACCCGGAGCUGGAGCCGGGUAGAAGGUUCCGGGGCUCCUCGGGCUGUCGGCGCCCGCCGCCCCUCCCGGCUUCACUUCCUCCCGCAGCGCAGAGACUAGCGGAUCCCUGCAUCCCGCAGCCGCCUGCGCCGCGCCCUGCCCCAGCCUGCCGGCCCCAGACCUGCGGCUGAGAGGAAGAAGGGACCCUUGACAUCCCCAUCUCCACAGAGACUCCAGGCGGAUCAAGCAGCCUCCUCCCUUCAGCAUGACCUCACCCUCUGGCCCUCCAGCUUUCAGGCUGGAGACGUCAGAUGGAAACCAAGAAGAUGGUGCUGAGGUGGACAAAGGAAAGCCAGGCUUUGGGAGUGGGCCACCCCCCAUGGAGUCACCAUUCCAGGGCGAGGAUCGGAACUUCUCACCUCAGAUCAAAAUGAACCUUAACUACCGAAAGCAAGCAGAUGCCAGCCAGCCAGACCCAAACCGCUUUGACCGUGACCGGCUCUUCAGCGUGGUCUCCAGGGGUGUUGCAGAGGAUCUGGCUGGACUACCAGAAUACCUGCGCCGGACCAGCAAGUUCCUCACUGACUCAGAGUACACAGAGGGCUCCACAGGGAAGACAUGCCUGAUGAAAGCUGUGCUGAAUCUUCAGGAUGGGGUCAACGCCUGCAUCCUGCCACUGCUGCAGAUCGACCGGGACUCAGGCAAUCCACAGCCCUUGGUCAACACCCAGUGUACGGAUGAGUACUAUCAAGGCCACAGUGCCUUGCACAUUGCCAUAGAGAAGAGGAGCCUGCAGUGUGUGACGCUCCUAGUGGAGAAUGGAGCUGAUGUGCAUGCUCGGGCCUGUGGCCAGUUCUUUCAGAAGGGCCAAGGGACUUGCUUCUAUUUCGGUGAACUGCCACUCUCUCUGGCUGCGUGCACCAAGCAGUGGGACGUGGUGAGCUACCUCCUGGAGAACCCACACCAGCCCGCCAGCCUGCAAGCCACUGACUCCCUGGGCAACACGGUCCUGCAUGCUCUGGUGAUGAUCGCAGACAACUCUAAGGAGAACAGUGCUCUGGUGACCCACAUGUACGACAGGCUCCUCCAAGCUGCGGCCCACCUCUGUCCUUCUGUGCAGCUUGAGGACAUCCCCAACCUGCAGGGCCUUACGCCCCUGAAGCUGGCUGCCAAGGAGGGCAAAAUUGAGAUUUUCAGGCACAUCCUGCAGCGGGAGUUCUCAGGGCCGUGCCAGGCUCUUUCUCGAAAGUUCACCGAGUGGUGCUACGGGCCCGUCCGGGUGUCCCUGUACGACCUGGCCUCUGUGGACAGCUGGGAGGAGAAUUCAGUGCUGGAGAUCAUCGCCUUUCACUGCAGGAGCCCGCACCGGCACCGAAUGGUGGUUUUGGAGCCCCUGAACAAGCUGCUGCAGGAGAAAUGGGAUCUGCUCAUCCCCAGGUUCUUCUUCAACUUCCUGUGUUAUCUGACCUACAUGCUUGUCUUCACUGCUGUCGCCUACCACCAGCCUGCCCUGGAGAAGCAGGCCCUCCUCCCCGUGAAGGCCACAGCGGGAAACUCCGUGCUGCUGCUGGGCCACAUCCUGAUCCUGCUGGGGGGGAUCUACCUCCUCCUGGGCCAGCUGUGGUACUUUUGGCGGCGCCGGCUGUUCAUCUGGAUCUCCUUCAUGGAUAGCUACUUUGAAAUCCUCUUCCUGCUCCAGGCCCUGCUCACAGUGCUAUCCCAGGUGCUGUGUUUCCUGGCCAUCGAGUGGUACCUGCCCCUGCUUGUGUCCUCUCUGGUGCUGGGCUGGCUGAACCUGCUUUACUACACCCGUGGCUUCCAACACACAGGCAUCUACAGCGUCAUGAUCCAGAAGGUCAUCCUACGGGAUCUGCUCCGCUUCCUUCUGGUCUACCUGGUCUUCCUUUUUGGCUUCGCUGUAGCCCUAGUGAGCCUGAGCCGGGAGGCCCUGGGCCCCAGGCCCCCCGUAGGCCCCAAUACCACGGAGGUGGCAGGGCAGCCUGGGGCGGGACAGGAGGAUGAGGAGGGCGGUGAGGUCCCGUACCGGGGCAUCCUGGACGCUUCCUUGGAGCUCUUCAAAUUCACCAUCGGCAUGGGCGAGCUGGCCUUCCAGGAGCAGCUGCGCUUCCGCGGGGUGGUGCUGCUGCUGCUGCUGGCCUACGUGCUGCUCACCUACAUCCUGCUGCUGAACAUGCUCAUUGCCCUCAUGAGCGAGACCGUCAACAGGGUCACCAAUGACAGCUGGAGCAUCUGGAAGCUGCAGAAAGCCAUCUCUGUCCUGGAGAUGGAGAAUGGCUAUUGGUGGUGCAGGAGGAGGAAGCAGCGGGCAGGUGUGAGGCUGACGGUGGGCACCAGGCCAGAUGGCAGCCCUGAUGAGCGCUGGUGCUUCAGGGUGGAGGAGGUGAACUGGGCUGCAUGGGAGCAGACGCUGCCUACAGUGUGUGAGGAGCCAUCAGGGGCAGGUGCACCUGGCAUGACAAAAGGCCUCACCCUGGCUUCCCGACCUCAAGAGGCUGGUGCCUUGGAGGAGGACCAUCUGCCCCUUCAGCUCCUCCAGUCCCACUGACUGCCUAGUCACAGCGGGAGUUGAGCAGGAUGAACCAGGGGAUUCCUCCAGCCACACCUGCUGGCUCUGGGGUCCCUGGGAAUUUUGGUGACAAAUAUAAAUUU